AUGAAACUAGUAAUCAACAGUUUAAAUCCAAUUGUUUCAGUGGGUGUCAACAACACGAAUUUUCGUGAUUGUUCAAACUAUCACGUGAAUGUACUUUUUUUGAUGGACCCAGAGACGCCGAGAGGAGCUUUCACACCGAUGAUUCAAUUGUUGGUUGAUAUCUUGUACAGUUGUCAGGAACAAGCUCUAGCUGAUGAAGGGAAUGCUGCGCCGAGGGAAUAUCCAGUCAAUCGUUUCACUUACAUCUCGGUGCAAACGAUGUGGAGUUGCAACCUGACAGAUUGCGAUCUCGAGAACUCGAUCUCAUUGGAUUAUUCGAGAUAUCCGGCUAGUUCAGAUGUUGAUCUCUUCAAGCUUAUCAAAAAGGCGAUCGAAUUCUCAACAACUCCACACGAUAAUCAAGUGAUGACAUUUUUCAUCAUCUCCAACAUUAAAAAGGAAAAUUUCAAGUUAUAUCCGAAUAUCACCUAUAUCAUGGGAAAUCCAGGAAGGAUUGGUGAAGCGAUUGGCUCAAUUCAAGCACCGUUUCGUUUACUGUGGUUUCCGGGCGAAAGAGAGUAUCCGUUUGGAGAAAUUCAAAAAUUUUCGAAUGGUUGGUUCAAAGAUUAUUCAAUUGCAAACACUGAUGAUUUCCCAAAGCUGAUCGAUGAGUUGUAUAUUUGCCCGGUUAAUGGCACUUACGUAACACCGAGUCAUCAAAGCACUGAAACCACGACAAAGCCACAUUCAACAGAUAAGGAUCUCGAUUGGGUUCUUCCGAUGAUUUUUGUCAUCAUUCUCUUUUGUUUUGGGCUUUGUCUGGUGGCACGAUGGAGAUUUUGCUCGCAUUGGACACCGAAGAUUCCUUUUUUGCACGAUUUCAAAAUGAGACACGGAAGUGCGCAUUCUGUGGCAUUACAGGAUCAAAUUCGGGCAGCCACUCUGCAAUCGGCGGCGGGUUUAGCCGGGAUCGGCUCGAUGGCAAGUAAACCGAGAACGGCAAGUGGGAGUAGUAACGGAAAAGACCCCUGGGAGAUUAACUCCGACCGGGUUUUUCUGACCCACGAACGCUUGGGUUGUGGAGCAUCUUCAGAAGUAGUAAAAGCUUUGUUGAAAGGAAGACCGCCAGUUAAGGAUCGAGGAGCUCCAAUGCAGCUCGCUCUCUCGUUCAACGACAACAGCAAUGUGGUGGCUGCGAAAUAUUUGAAGCCAAGCGCUUGCUUGUCUGCAAAAUCCUCAUUCAUGGCGGAGAGUAAAUUAUUGAGAGAGAUCGGUUUUCAUCCGCACAUCGUUCCUUUUGUUGGCAUAGUUAGUGAUGGACCUGAUCGCUUAUUGCUCACACAGCUUUGUCCAUUCGGCGAUUUGCUGAGGUUCUUGAAAAAUAAUCAAGGAACUUUGAAAGAGUUGGAGGAAAAGGAGAAACAAAUCAUUGCAUGGCAGAUUUGCGAUGCUCUAUGCUAUUUGAGUGCUAAAAAGUUCAUUCAUCGAGAUGUUGCCGCGAGAAAUGUGUUUAUGUACGGGAGAACGAUCGGAAAGCUUGGAGACUUUGGCCUUUGCGUGAAGGCCCCAGAAGGGAGAAUCCGUGCCGGAGGUCAUCUCCCAGUUCGAACAUUGCCACCGGAAGCCAUUGAAACGCUUGUGUUUGAUGAGAAAACUGAUGUCUGGGCAUUCGGGCUUCUCUUAUGGGAGUUGUACACGGGUGGGUUGGUGCCAUUGGCGGAUAUCACUCUUCCAGAGGUGCUUUCAUCGCUCAAAUCCGGAUAUCGGCCACAAGUACCGGAGAAGUGUCCAGAGAAAAUAGUUGAACUGAUGACAGAAUGCUGGCAGAUGAGUCCAGACGAUCGGCCGUCAUUCACCGAUCUCCGCGCCGCUCUCUUCAACGUGAUUGACUUAACCUCGGCUCAUUACGGCUACAUUCACUUCCAAGACUAUAAACGAUUUAUUUUCACCCUUUCGCGCGGGAUUUCAACGAUGCCCACGCAAUUGAACAACGAAAACGAUUUCAAAUCGCUCACUUCAAAUGACAACCUCUCGAUUGUGCACUUCUACGCUUCGUGGGCUCCACAAUGUCAACAAUUGAACCAAGUUCUCGAUGAUCUUAAGGCUGAAGCAACGACUACGUAUGAAGUUGCCUACAUUGACGCGGAAGAGGUGCCAGAAGCUUCUUUGGCCGCAAAUGUCACCGCCGCACCGACCACAAUCUUUUACAAGAAAGGGAGGGAAGUUGCCCGAGUGAAUGGAUUUCAACCAAUCGAGAUUCGGACGCAAAUUUUGAAGUUUUCUGGAUCGCACGUAGCAUCAGUUUCUGCUCCAGUUAAAGAAGAUUUAAAUGACCGUUUGAAGAGACUAAUCAGCACAAAGCGAUUGAUGCUUUUCAUGAAGGGAGACGCUACAACUCCUCGUUGUGGUUUCAGUCGUCAGACAAUUGACCUCCUCAACGGAAUCAAUGCUGAAUACGGCACAUUUGAUAUUCUGAACGAUGAAGAAGUUAGACAGCUUUAUUUGGAUGGAGAGCUUGUCGGCGGGCUGGAUGUGAUUCGAGAAGAGCUUCAGGAUGCCGAUUUUGUUGCAAGGAUUCCGAAAAAAGAGACACUCAACAAUCGUUUGAAGCUAUUAAUCAACGCGAGUCGCUUGAUGUUAUUCAUGAAGGGUAAUGAGGAGACUCCACGCUGCGGUUUCAGCAAGCAAAUAAUCGGACUAUUGAACGACGCAAAAGUGGAUUUCAGAACGUUUGACAUUUUGGGCGACGAAGAAGUUAGACAGGGUUUGAAAGAAUACAGCAACUGGCCAACGUAUCCCCAACUCUACUUGGAUGGUGAACUUAUCGGUGGUUUGGACGUGAUACGUGAAGAGCUCAAGGAUAACGACUUCGUGGAACGCUUGCCUCGUAAAGCC